CUCACUCUCUUGGAUAUACGGGGGACAGUUGGCUCAGCUGUACUGGUGCUUCUGAGUCCAGGAGCCCGGCCCAGCAGGACUGCAAAUAAAUAGACCAAAUCUAACACCCUCUGCCAAUCCCACACUCCUCCAUCAUCAGAACAGAGCAAGCAUGGUGACACUGGUGGACAGUCCUCGCUCACAAGGUCCUCUCUCUCCAAACCCUGAAGGGAGCAGUCAGCCAGCAUGACAGAGAGGGCAGAAAGUUCCAGAAGUCUCCAACUCAAGGCCUAAACAUGCAGCUUGUCUACCCUUAACUUCAAGACACCCAAAUGCCAAGUCGGAGACAUCCAAGGAGACAUGCUGAUGCGGGGAUUUAACCAGCUAUGCACAGGAACAACCUAAACAGUAAAUCAAAGCAAAGCGUAGCUAUCCAAGUGACAUCCUAGGACCAUGUCUGAGGACCUGCACCAGGCUUAAGAGAAUACUAUUCCGUUCCAUGAAGCCACACCCUUCAUGAAGCUGCUGUCACCCUUUAGUAAGUAGCUGUCUCUGGGACCUAAACCUCUGGUGGCAUUAUUUCUGCUAGAAGUCAGCUGGAGAAGGGCUGGAGUUUCCACCAAGUAGACAGCCUUCCCAGCCAAUUCUAGGCUGCCAGGCAAAGGGCCCGCUUGGCUCGAGCUCCCCAUGAGGAAGAUGGUAUAGGACUGUUUCCACUAGCUGGGAGACUGUGACCCUGAUCCUGCUCAAGACCAGGCAUAAGGUGACAACGGAGAUUCUUAGAGGGCGCAGGUGGCCAGAGAACCCCUGAUGGUACGAUACAGAGAGCCCACCUGAGCCCUGCGUGGGAAGGAGGCUGGUCAGAGUCCUGACCAGGCUUACUCCUGACUCUGCUCCCCUAGGCCUUUCAUUGGGGAUAAAUAGAAGGGGGCUCUUGGGCAAAGUCUGACUGAAGGCAGUUAAAGUGGGUGGAGUCUCUGGACCUCCCAGGCCACAGGGAGGGCUCUACCCCGUGGGAAGACAGGCAUAUGAGCCACCGUCUCUCUCUGGUCAGGAUGGAUACUACCCCAGCGGGGAGGAAACACACACCAUGAGCCACACCAGACCGGGUCCUUUGGGAGGUUGCCCGGCUACAGGCAGGAUAGGAGGAAGUUGUUGGAAAGUCACACCGGAAUGGCAUGGUGGAGGGAGGACUGGCAGCCGGGCAGAUGGUUCCUGCCGAAGAAGCACUGGGCACAGCUGCAGUCCCCGACCCCCACCGCAUUAUCACUGUGACACAGCUGGCUGCCUCACCCCUGAAGGCUGCAGGAGGACCUCCCCCACGCUGUCCCCAAGCCCGCCCCAUGUCACAUGAGGCCCUGCAGCCUCCCACCCUCUGUCCAGGGCUACAACCUAGCUCCGCUGGCAGUAGUGACUAGAAGGGUCUGGGACCUCCGAGGAACCGAGGCACGGGCGCUAAGACACCAAAGCUGCCCCCACCCCUCCAGUUCUUUCGACACCCCAAGCAGUCAGAGAAGGUGCUUGAGGGUGAGUUCUGGAAGCCGGUCAUUUCACCCCAGCUCCAGCACCCAUCAGUCUCCUACUCCAUUGGCAGCUCCAUGUCCCAGGCAUCUACCACCCUGGAGAGUGGGGCACUGCUCUCAGGACCCCGGGGUCUUCAGCAUGGCAGCCCAGCUGACAGGAAGGAGAAGACUGCAGCAAUGCCAGACUCUCCGGCUGAAGUGAAGACGCAGCCCCGGUCCACACCCCCCAGCAUGCCACCCCCACCUCCCACCACAUCCCAGGGAGCCACACGACCACCCUCCUUCACACCUCACACACAUGGCGAGGAUGGACCUGCGACGUCUCUGCCCCACGGCCGUUUCCACGGCUGCUUAAAGUGGUCCAUGGUCUGUCUCUUGAUGAACGGGAGCAGCCACUCACCUACAGCCGUCCACGGUGCCCCAUCUACACCCAAUGGCUUCAGCAACGGCCCAGCCACCUCAUCGACCGCCUCGCUGUCCACACAACACCUGCCCCCGGCCUGCGGGGCACGGCAGCUCAGCAAACUCAAGCGUUUCCUCACCACCCUGCAGCAGUUCGGCAGUGACAUCUCGCCUGAGAUUGGCGAGCGCGUGCGCACCCUGGUGCUGGGGCUGGUGAACUCAACUCUGACGAUUGAAGAAUUUCAUUCCAAGCUCCAAGAAGCCACCAACUUCCCACUGCGGCCGUUCGUCAUCCCCUUUCUGAAGGCUAAUCUUCCACUGCUGCAGAGAGAGCUCCUGCACUGUGCCCGCCUGGCCAAACAGACGCCUGCCCAGUACCUGGCCCAGCACGAACAACUGCUGCUGGAUGCCAGUGCCACCUCCCCUGUUGACUCCCCCGAGCUCCUGCUGGAAGUCAACGAGAAUGGCAAGAGGAGAACACCAGACAGGACCAAAGAGAAUGGGUCAGACCGGGACCCUCUGCACCCCGACCACCUCAGUAAGCGGUCCUGCACCCUGAGCCCUGCCCAGCGCUGCAGUCCCAGCAAUGGGUUGCCCCACCCUACACCACCCCCACCCCCACACUAUCGCCUGGAGGACAUGGCCAUGGCCCACCACUUCCGGGACUCCUACCGACAUCCAGAUCCCCGAGAGCUACGGGAGCGCCAUCGGCCCCUCGCCAUGCCUGGGUCUCGACAAGAAGAAGUGAUUGACCACAGGCUCACAGAACGGGAGUGGGCAGAAGAGUGGAAACACCUCAACAGUCUCCUGAACUGUAUCAUGGAUAUGGUGGAGAAGACACGGCGAUCACUCACUGUGCUGCGUCGGUGCCAGGAGGCUGACCGUGAAGAACUCAAUCACUGGAUCCGGUGCUACAGUGACUCCGAGGAAGGGAAGAAGGGCCCCACCCCCACCUCUGCCCGGCCCCUCAAUAGCUGCAGUGGCCCUGAGGGGUCUCAGCUAGAUGUUCACCGGGAUUUCAUGCCCAGGACCCUCUCUGGUUAUAUGCCGGAGGAGAUCUGGAGGAAGGCUGAAGAAGCCGUGAAUGAGGUGAAGCGCCAGGCGAUGUCAGAAUUACAGAAGGCUGUGUCUGAUGCAGAGCGCAAAGCCCAUGAACUCAUCACCACAGAGCGUGCCAAGAUGGAACGAGCCCUGGCUGAGGCCAAGCGGCAGGCCUCAGAGGAUGCCCUGACUGUCAUCAACCAGCAAGAGGACUCCAGCGAGAGCUGCUGGAACUGUGGGCGCAAGGCCAGCGAGACCUGCAGCGGCUGUAAUGCAGCCCGCUACUGUGGGUCCUUCUGUCAGCACAAGGACUGGGAGAAGCACCAUCAUGUAUGCGGCCAGAGUCUGCAGGGCCCCGCAGCAGCAGUGGCUGACCCACUGCCCGGACAGCCUGAUGCCACUGCCAGCCCCAGCGAAGCCGGCUCAGCAGGGCCCUCUCGCCCCUGCUCUCCGGGCCCACCAGGCCCACUGGACGCUGCCGUGCCCCGCUGACCUCCAGAUCGGACGCCCAGCCCAUGGACGCCAUGCCCUGCCAACCUCCUGGCCCCACCUUGGCCCACCAGAUGCCUGGAGCUGGCCAGGUGGAGUCACUGCUGCUACUGCUUCUCUCCAAAAGAAAACACAGAUACAACGAAACUGCAUCCGUGCAGCCUCAGCUACCUGAUGAGGUCCUGCUGGGACCUCCUACAGCCUCUCUUCACAAGCAUCCUCAGAUACCACUGCGGAGCUGCAGACAGUGGCACCGGCGGAGCGUGGCCGGCUCUGCCACCGUCUGUCCCCUCUGUGUCUGUCUCUCUGUUAUUGUCUGUCUUUCUGUGUCUUGGUCUCCCUCUGUUUCCCUGCCCUGACUCUCCCUGUAUCUGAUCCUCUCUGUCUGUGUAAAAGCCCGCACGCUUUCUCUGUAAUCAGAGAAACCUAAUCGGUGGCUUUAUUUUCAGUGAAGAACUUUUGGAGAUUUUGUUUUGUUUUGUUGGCAAACAAGCUACUUAAAAAUGGACAAAGAACUGUGGGGUUCUCCCCAUUCCUUAUUAGAAAAGGAAGAAACUGUGAUUUUUUUCUAGCUGGAGUUGCUGCCUCACCCAGCCAACCCCAGGGGGAUCGGCGUGUGCAGCAGAGACGGUGAGAACAAUUUCAAUUUCCAACUCAAGAAGCAUUUUUUGGUUUCAGGUUUUAUUUCUUUUCUUUAAUGUCAAACUCUUUGGCUUUAACUGAAAAAAAAAAACCCAAAAAGUUUUUUUUAAGCAAAGGAAACAUACCUGUAAACUACCUUGCCAGCUAGCCAGCCAAGGAUGCCAGACACACCUCGCUCCAAAGGAAAUCCAAAAAGCAAACUCAAGAAAUCAAAAUCAAAAAUUUAUUUUUAUCACUGCCAAAGUAUUUUUUCAUUGUCUUUCAUUCCUGGGUUUGUUUGGAUGUCGGUCUUUUAUUUUGGCUUUGAUUUUGUCAGGGGUGUUGGGUCACUGGGAUUUGGUGGGUUGGGCCAAGAAGAAACGUUUUGUUCCUUUUUGACUAGUGGGCAGCAUCCUUGCAGGGCAAAGGGGUCAGCAGCAAGGCCACAUGACCCUCAGCACCAUAUCUAGAAGCCCCAGUCAGCAUGAGCCUGAGCGUUGUGUGCCCUCAGGCCCUGUCCGUGCGUCCCUGUACGCAAGGGAGACACCUCCAUCUGUCCUCACACCUUCUGUGACUUCGCAUAGUUCAUUUUCCACUUGUGAAAAAAAAAAGUGCUAGUGUUCUUCCCAGAGAGAGCACAAUUCCUAAACGAAACUGUGACAAUCUUUUGGUUUAAUUCUUGACUGCUUUUGAAAGCAUAAGGUGACAGCGAAUCAACGCUUUCUUGGUUUUCCCUCCUCUACCUCUCUGCCCUCCCAUCCCACCCCACCCCCACCUCCACCUCAGUCUUAUUUCCCCAUCCCCAGUGUCUUGCUGUGGCUACCAUCGUUUCUUUCAAACUUUUACAGAAAAAAUAAAAGGAAAAAAAAAUAAAACACAAAAGCCAGCAGCCACCCUCACCUCGCCUGGAAGACUCAAGCCCAGCUGUACAUAUUCCUGUGUUCCAACCCCCGUGUUUGUCUCCAGCCCUGGGAGUGAUGGUGACAUCUGCCCACCUGUGCUCCAGCCCUCGCCCGCCCUGCCCUCCACCCGCUCGACUUCCCUCAAGGAUUUAAGGAGGAAAUGAAGGAAGGAAGCUCAUGCCUGUACCAAACAGAAAGACAGCAGACACAGUCCGGGUCUGCACCUAUGUGUGUGGCUGCAGUAAGCUGCAGGCCUAGCGUGCAAUAUGGGGGAAUUGCUCCUGAACCCUGGGCCCGGGGGGCCCUGCCCAGAGCAAGGUGUGCAGCAUGUGUUAAUGUGAAUGUAAAUAGUCUCCACAGUGGUCCUAACCGCGGCAUCAGUACCGAGGAGAUGUUUGCCAAAUAAAAAGAAAUUAAGACAAACCACGCAAGUAUGUGAAAUUUAGGAAACACUUUGGAAGGAAUCUGAGCUGUGGUCCAAUGGGCUUGUUUGGUGGCUGGUCUUUCUUCUCAACUGUAAAAGUCACUCUUUAAGAGAACAUUGCAUGGAAGGAUCCUGUUAGGCACCAUCAACCUGGUGCUACCCCGAAUGGAGCCUGACAGCAACUCUCGCUCCGAAGGCCAAGGUAGAGCUCAUCCUCUGGAAGGUUCCUAAGGACACAGCCCUCCAAGCCCACAAAGAUGUAUUUUUGUGGGUUUCAGAGAAGCCAGGACACAUGGCAGCCUCCUGCCCUUCCUUCUAGUGGACCAGUUGACCUGAGCAUCUGCCUGUGAACACUGAGUCUGUGCUGGCAGAAACCCGCCUGCCAUCAAAGCAAGCAUCGCUGGAUUUCAUUCCCAGCUGCGCCUCAUGCAGUGCUGCUUGUCUCUGUUACCCCACAGCAUGCAGCGUCCUUGGCCCUUGCAGGAGAGCAGGCCGGUGGCCAUUCAUAGGGAAAAGCUCUGGGUGGCAGGAGGUGCUGAGCGCCAUGUUUGUGGGGGAAAAUAAAACUAGGCCCUCAGCUUGUGCUUAAGAGCUGGAGUCUCUAGAGGUCUGGGUCUGGAGUCCUGGGGUGGCUUCCCUGAUGACCCAUGUCCCUGGUGUCAGGACUUGAGAGUGCCUGCUCCCAUAUAUGUGGUCCAGCCAUUCUAAGGUAGGUCCCAGAGGGCCCCUAACCUGCAGGCCCAACAAUUUGCUUUUGCUUCACGUACCUCCUCCCCUACCUAUACCACCCUUAUCUACCUUUUCGGAACAACAAGGCCCACCAGGGGCAACAAAAUGCUGCCCAGCCAAAUUGGCCUCCAGGAACCAGGUUACAUAUUUAGGGUUCAGCAGAGCCCCCCACCUGCACCCUAGCUGUUUGAAGGGAUAGCCCCCCCAAGACAGCUAUCAGAUGCCAUUCGACCACAGUGAGUCCCUUGUGCAUGACAUCUGGCCCGCAACUGUGGACACUCGUGGUGAGGUGCUGGCCAGCUGAUAGGAAGAGCUCAGCCGGCAAGGCAACUGCAGAAUCAGGGUGGCAGUUAAGGUGGGUGUGGGAAGGGUUAAGUUGGGGAAACGGGGACUGGAAACAGCCAUAGGGAAUCCCAGGCAUACUGCUAAAUUCUGGGUGGACGUCAGCAGUGUCACUUGAGGCAAGAGGGGUGGGGUGGGGGUCCUGAGCCAAAGCUGCAGGUGCUGUGCUCAGCUUCAGCCACCGAAAGACCUCACAGCAGAACCAAACAACCUCAGAGCUUUGGAAAGGACGGGCUCCAUGGGUGUUCUUUGUUGGGAGAUGUACCCUGGGUGGCCAUAACCAUGCCCUUGGUUUCAACCUCCUGUCUGCCUGGGGCUCUACACAGAGCUGAGGGAGAGUGGUACCCCAUCCCUGACUCCUGCUGAGAGCCCCUCCUGCUACCUUCUCCAGCUCACGAGCCAUGGACCCAAGAGCAACUGCCAGGUCCUGCCUCCUGGUAGCCACAGACAAACACAAACCAAACCCCUACAGGACGUGGCUCUCACAGAGCCUUGCUCCCCAAAACCCCAAAUCAAAAGGCAACUUUGCUUCCUGUUCUGAGGCCAAAGCUAAACCAGGAAGGCUGACUAGGGAGGGCAGGUGGCAGGCAGAACUCUCUCACCUCCAAGGCCCAGCCCAGAUCCUGUCCCAUGAUCUUAUGACUUCUUGCCAUGCGUCCUUCUACCUCUGCCUCCCCUCCUCUCAUCUCCUUGCCCAUCUCUGCCCCAGACUCAGACUGGCCUUUCUCCGGUCUGCUGCCUAAGGGCGCCUUCCAGCUCAGUCCUCAGACCUACACGGGAACAGAGGCCAAUGGCUCUCAUUCCGUAUAUGGUGUAUAGGAGCAGGCUGGAUUAUACCAAGCUUGGGUCCUAUUGCCUGAUGGGUGCCAAGGUGAGAAGAGCCAGCCCCAGAAGGAGUCAGUCAGCAGGGACACCUGUCAGCAGACCUGAGAAGGUCAUUGAUGAUGGAGGACAGAAUAGGAGCCAAGGCCAUGGGCAGUGCUCUCAAGGCCACAGUGGACAGGGAUCAGGAUGGGCCCCAAAGUUCUCUUUUGGUUUUUCCAAAUAAAUCCUUAGGCUGACACCAAAGUAUCAUCUCUGGCAUCUGUCUAUCCAUUACUCUGUUCCUCAGCCUAACCACACUGGUAGAUUGACACUUUCCUGAGUUUGCCCUUCUGACUUAGCCAGCCAUCUUUCCGUGAACCCAUCCACCUCCACCUAUUCAUCUUCCUCCACCUGCCCUCCCAAGUAACUACACCUAUUAACUACCUUGACCCACCUGCCUCUCCACCUAUCAUCCAUCCACCCGCUCACCCACCUGUCCACGCCACCCCAACAUACCAUCUUUGUGUCUGGAUGUCUUCCAAUCACACCACACAGCCAUCCCUGGAUCCACCCUUCCUAUCGUCUCUACCCACUGUCCUCAGAGUAAUUUCAGCUCCCUCAGUGUACCAAAGACACUAGGUCCCCCAUGCCCUCCAUUCUACUUGCCCUGGACUGGCCAGGGGUGCCCUAAAAAUACCCACCCAUGAGGCAACAGCCCCUUGGUACUCUGCCCUGCCCUGACCUGCUUUAGACACCUCUAGAUAUAUGAGUUCCGACCACAGGCAUUGUGGAAAGAUUGGACAAGUUUUUGUGACCAUUGUGACACAUCUGGACCUGCUUGGGCAGAGGAAUCAAGAAUGGGUGCUGAGAGAAGGGCUAUACACUUGCUCAGGAGCUCUGGGAUGCUAUGUGAGGGAACCACAUUCCCCAAAAGCAGGGGCAGUCCUUGAUUUCAGGAGUCUGCCCAGAAGAGGGAGCUCUGAAGAGGAGAGUGAGCCAGUGCUGGCUUCCCUUAAGACUAGCACUCCUAGGAUCCUGUUCAUCAGGACACUCGGGUACCAGUCCCAUCUUCUCAGAAUCCCAAGUAACCCAGAGUUGAACUUGUCCAGUCUGCCCCUACUGGAUUCCCCAAUGGUAGGAGGAAUUUGUUAGGUGCUUGGGGCCGUCCACAGCCUCCCGAUAGCUCACUGUUCUUCCUGAAGCUCCUACCAUGUAGAGAAGUUUCUUUUUUCUCCACUGGUCGGGGGAGGAGAGAAGGGAGGGAGGCAGAAGCUGCCUCUUAAGAAGAAGGACGGACAGAGAGCUAGAGAAGUUUCUGGAAUGAGCCUGGGGAGAGACCCUUGGGUUACCAUCAUGUUGACAAGAAGAUAGAGAAACUUCAGGUGAGCUCGACUCAGAGGAACUAUCGGCUCCCAUAGACAGCUCACAGACAAAGCUCAGGACAGUCUGUCAACCAUGUGAACAAGUCCCCAAAUUCUAGAAAACUCUAUCUUGUUUUCAUUCCUUUUCUUUCAAUUCAGCUGGCCUUUAAGGUAGCAGCCCAGACAACAGGGAAACAGGAAUGUAGCAUUUGACUCAAAGUGCGGCCUGCUCACCACAUCCUCAAAGGAACAAGCCCUGCUCCCACCCAGACAAGGCCCAGCAGCUCUCACCAUUUCUGGGGUGGGUCAAGGGUCGGGCCCAGAGCACAGCCACGCACAGCCUGCCGGGGGAACCGUUGCUGUUCCAUUUCUUUUCCUCCUGCAGGAGCUGGGAGGAGAGGACUGGAUGUUUUCCUCAUGAAAAGCCGUGGUCCUCAGCCCUCCGUGUCAGGGUGCCACGUCGUACCGCCCACCGCUGUCUUCUGCUGUCUUGUAUGUUUGCCCUGUGGGCCAUGGACAUGAUGAUCAGGUUAAUUACAUCUGUGUAAUAAAGUGAGCGUUUGCUAUGA